AUGGGUAACUAUGUUGCUGCUCUCGCAUGCCCUUCAUCCGGGACGUCCAGGAGAGUUAUCUUAUGGGACGGAUCGGUGAAGGAGUUUAGUUGCCCGUUGACAGUAGCGGAGCUGAUGCUGGAGCAUCCGCAACAGGUGGUUGCGGAGUUCCAGGCGGCGGUGAAUCAGAAAAAACCGGUUCCGUUGCCGGCGGAUUACGAACUCGACGUGAAAAAGGUUUACGUAAUGCUACCCGUCAAACGAGGGAAGCCCGCCACGUUGUCGUCGUCGGAAGCUCGUCGUGUGCUGUUGAGUGCAAACUCGGUGUUGAGGUCGAAAUCGGUUCUACAGUCAUCAAAGUUUCUCCCUCUUUUCGCUAGGAUUUGCCCUGCAAAUGAUGUUCACGAGAUGGGACGUAAAAUCCCAUCGCAGAAGAAGGAAAACGGCGGUGAGAUGCAUGGAGAAGUUCGAUGUUUAACGGAGUUUUUUCCGGUAACGGUGGAAGGUAGGCCGGAGUAUUUGAUUAGGCAAUAUUCAGGCAAGGGGUGGAAGCCAAGCUUGGAUACUAUAAAGGAGAAGCUGGUUGAGAGAAAGGUUAAGGUACCUCAUUGGCUGUUUUGAAGCAUACAAUAAGCGGCUAGCUCUAGGUUUCUGUAUUUUUUUUCUUCUUUCCGCCAUAGUUAAAUCUCUGAAGAUCUUGGAUACCAAAACUUGUUACUGUUAGGGUAGUCGUCUACAUUGUGCA